CGAACAAAUUACCUACCUCCCCCUGACCCUAGCCUAGCCCAUCUUUUCGUGACUUCGGAAGUUAGAAAUUUAUUAUGUCUUCAGUUUUAUUUGUCAAUACCUACCUACAAUGUUUAAAUCUUAUUGCAAGCUGCUCCGUGUUAGCUAAAGCAACAAACCUUUCAUCGUAUUCAUUAUUAGAGUUCGGGUGUCUCGAUCUGGUUGUUUUGUUACCGUAAUUUAAAUCGUUAAAAAAAUGGGCGUUAAAGGAGCUACGUGGAUUUUAUGUCAUAAUAAGAAACAUCCUGAAAAACUGUAUUGUUUUAAAAACCGAAAAAGUCAUAAUGGCGACAAAAGGUGGAAUAUCACGGAGCCCACUGUGAUCAUUUCUAAAGAAGGAGACAAUAAUUUUCACAUAUAUUAUGUCAAUGAACAGAGGAUCAUAAUUGAAAAUACUGACAAUGUUCUACAAGUUGUUAGCAAUUUAAAGUUAAAUGACAAUUAUUCAAAAAAUUUCAUAAAUGAUUAUAAAGAACACCGUACUCUUUAUGGGAUAAAAAAAACACGUCCUAUAUUUGAAAUUCUCACUGAAGAAAAUGAUGAAAGCACACUGAGCGAGAUUGAAACUGUGAAUAAUCAUUAUUCUUCAAGUCAUAAUUUGCGAACUAUAUCUAUUGUAAACAAUAUAGAACCUGUAGGAAAGAAUGAGAGAGAAACAUUUGAAAGUUGUAGUUACAACUACCAUCUCAUAGUUAGGAAGUACGAAGCUUUAGAGGAGAAACUUAAAGAUUUUUGCACAGAAAAUUCCCAUCUACAGGAUAAUAUCAACAAUAGAUUUGAUGAAUGGCGUUGUGGGUUCCUACAAAUCAUGGAAGAGUUUAUACAUGAAGUUCUUCACCGUUCAGCCGAGAAUAAAUUCAACCCGCCGUAUAUGUUGCAACAAGGCUUAAAAAACCUAAGGGAUCGCUAUUGCGAGAGUAAACGACACCUCGGCAUGUGUGCAAUAAUUGAUAAACUAGCAGGGUUGUGUGGAUUCCAUAUGGAGCGCGGUAUCGUGCGUCCGAAAUUUAAAUCUGACGAGUUCAUAAAAGUAUUGGGAGCUAGUUUGCUGUUGAUGGAGGAAGUCUACGAUGUAUUCCAAUGGCUUGUGCUCACCGACUACAAGGAAUUGUUAACCUACCUGUUGGAAUCGAUAGAGGAACCCAGUGAUUUUCCUGAAGGAGCGCACGACUAUGAGUUCUUUAACGAACUAGUCAACAGUUCACUACUAUUAGAUUAAGUUAGUAAUAACCAUCAUGUAAACCUGGUGCUUGACGGAAACCAGUUUUGGUCCAGCAAACAGUGAGGCCAACACUGGGUUACCGCCCCGCUCAACUUGUGAUAUUCCUUUAUAUGAGUUUUUUUUUAGUUUAAAUACUAGUGUAUGUAAGCAUUUAACCGGUGCGUUCAAAAUAACAAUAGGCCUAUAGAAGUUAUUAACUUCAUAAUGCUGGGUCCAUCACUGGGCUACCGAACACAGCAUAAUUAAGUACUGCUUGUUUUUAAUUUAACUAUUGUUAAAUAUAUAAAAAGUAUAUUUAAGCAUGUAAUCCGAGAAUUUAAAUUAAUUACAGGUGACGUGAUUAAAUGUAUAUAUUUCACAAGCAGUCCUUCAUUGUGCUGGGAUCUUCAUAGAUCCACCGAACACAGCAUAACUGCUGCUAAUUUGUUAUAUUAUUACUAUUAUUAAAAAAAUAUAAGUGUAUUUACUAAGUAUAUUAUAUGAGCAUUGAAAUUAAUGAUAGGAAAGUUAAAUAAAUGUUUAUGUCUCAAGCAGUCCUUCAUCGUGCUGGGAUCAUCAUAGAUCCACAGAACACAGCACAACUGUUGCUAAUUUGUUAUAAUAUUACUAUUAUUACAAAAAUAUAAGUGUAUUUAACUAAGUAUGUUAUCUCAGCAUUGAAUUUAAUGAUAGGCAAGUUAAAUAAAUGUUUAUAUGUCUCAAGCAGUCUUUUAUCGUGCUGGGAUCAUCACAGAUCUACCAAACACAGCAUAACUGCUGCUAAUUUGUUAUAUUAUUACUAUUAUUACAAAAAUAUAAGUGUAUUUAACUAAGUAUGUUAUCUGAGCAUUGAAUUUAAUGAUAGGCAAGUUAAAUAAAUGUUUAUAUGUCUCAAGCAGGCUUUCAGCGUGCUGGGAUCAUCACAGAUCCACCAAACACGGCACAACUGCUGCUAAUUUGUUAUAUUAUUACUAUUAUUACAAAAAUAUAAGUGUAUUUAACUAAGUAUGUUAUCUGAGCAUUGAAUUUAAUGAUAGGCAAGUUAAAUAAAUGUUUAUAUGUCUCAAGCAGGCUUUCAGCGUGCUGGGAUCAUCACAGAUCCACCAAACACGGCACAACUGCUGCUAAUUUGUUAUAUUAUUACUAUUAUUACAAAAAUAUAAGUGUAUUUAACUAAGUAUGUAAUUUGAGCAUUUAAAUUAAUAAUAGGUAACUUAAAUAAAUGUUAAUAUUUCACAAGCAGACAUUCAUAGUGAUGAGAUAAUCAUAGAGCUACAGAACACAGCAUAAAUACUACAAAUUUGUUAUAUAUAUUAUUACUAUUAUUAAAAAAAAUAUAAGUAUAUAUAACUAAACAUCUAAUCGGAGCGUUUAAACUAAUGAAAGGUUGAUUAAAUAAAUGUUUUUAUUAAGCAAAUAGUCGCUUAUCGUUCUGGGAUCGUCAUAGAGCUAUCAAAAACUACUGGUUAUUCGUUAUAUUAUUACUAUUAUUACAAAAAUUUAAGUGUAUUUAACUAAGCAUGUAAUCGGAGCGUUUAAAUUACUGAUAGGUACCAUAAAUAAAUGUUCUUUUACAAAUAGUUCCUCGUAGUGCUGAGACAAUCUCUUAGUUACCUCCCUGCUCAACUACUGCUGGUCAGUAAUAUUACUAUAUACAAAUAUUUACAUAUAACGUAAGUGUAUCUAAGCAUGUAAUCUGAGCGUAAGUGCAGAAAAAUAAUUUGAAUUGAAGGUAGCUUAAACAAAGUGAUCCAAAUUUCGGUUGUCUGUUAUAUAGUUCUUAAAUAUGUAAUAAAUUUCAACUGAAUUACAAAUGAAAGUGUACUGCGAACUUAGGUAACUUAAGUAGGAUGUAUUUGCAUUUAUUUGUUUUAGUUUUCAGAUUUUUUUAAUGCAUAGUUUAGUAAAAAGACGUAAAUAGUUUACGGUUACACAGAUAAUCUAUUUUAAAUAACAGUAUUUACAGACCCAUGAGCCCGUCAGGUUGAUGGACACAAGGCUUUUCUUUAUUGGAUUGUUGAGAGUGUUGCCUUGUUUUUAGGCGAAGGAUUUCCACUUAAAAUCAGGUGGUCCAUCAACUAUCGCUUUAAAUAAGGAUAAAAAAAAUAACCCAAAUUUAAUAAAUCCAUUCUCCCAUUUGCGCCAAUCGUAAUGAAAAUAUGUAAGUAUGUAUAUUGUAGUCGGCGUUCAAUUUGUUAUGCGUAAAAUUCUGUCUUUCUAGUUCAACUCAGGAAUCGCGUUGUACUAGGCUCUAUUCACGGGUCGGGCCAAGAUUCGAUUAGUAUUUAACUUUUCCGUCAAAAAUUCGGAUUAAAAACCCGGAGAGUACGUUAAGCUGUCGGUCUCGGUUAUUAUCAUUAAAGCCCACCAACAGUUUACAGGCUGAUGUUGAACUUUGUAAAACUUCAGAAUUAUUUACGGUUUAUUUGGAAAUCCCGCGAAAACUUAAUUUUUCCCCGGGAUUAUUUGUACGUGUUAUAAGUGCUUCUUUAAUCAUGUAGUACCUACAUAAUGUAUCAAGAGUUUAAUCAGAGCAUGCUGAUAUAGUUUAAUAAUAAAUAUUAUUGGCAAAAUCUUACGACUUUAGCAUACAUCAUUCAUUCUUUAGGAUACAUUACAAUUUUCAUAAGGAUCUCUAAUUGUUUGUGAAAAAAAUUAUAUUUUUUUAGUUUUCUAUUGGUAAAGAAAUGGUUAAAAUCGGCCUAGCAUUCUCGGAGUCUAUUGGUAUUACUUAUUCAAAAUAUUAGUAUAACUGAAGAAGUAUAGAUAAGAUUCACAUUAUAAUCUUUAAAUCUCAUUUCCUUUCACAAAUACGCAAAUUUUAAAACAUUUGUGUAGGUUAUGCUACAAUUCAAGUUAUUUCGCAGUCACGGACAGACACUUAAAUUUAUUCAUCUCUUUAAAUUAUGUGAAGGGUUCGAAUAUGUUGGCUUAACUAUUAGCCCACCAAAUCUUUUAUAUUGAUUAAUGUGUAGUUGCUUUUUUGAAGAAGAAAAAAACGCGGUCCGUAGAUAAGCCAGUAUCAUAUUAAUAUAGUUAAACCCUCGCUUUUAUUUACAUUUACGUAGAA